GUGGGAGUGUUUGUCGGAGCAAUGGGCUGAUGUUCUAGCUCCCUCGUUCUUCCCGGCCCUCAGUGACAGAGGCUGGGGCUCGGAGGUCAGGGACUCCCUCUCCACCUGCCGCCUGGCCUGGGCCACAGCGUCUGGCCGUGGAGAGCCGAGCUCGAAGGAAGCAGAGAACAAUGGCUCAGUCCACCAUGUCGGCCAAGUGUGAUGUAUUGAGUCAAGAUGAACUGCGCAAAAAGCUAUACCAGACAUUUAAGGAUCGGGGUAUACUGGACACACUUAAGACCCAACUCCGGAACCAGUUAAUUCAGGAGUUGAUGCAUCCCGUGUUGAGUGGAGAAGUGAAGCCUGCAUCUAUUUCAGUGGAAGGGAGUGCCCUCCUAAUAGGUGCUUCUAACUCACUGGUGGCAGAUCACUUACAGAGAUGUGGCUAUGAAUAUUCACUUUCUGUUUUCUUUCCAGAAAGUGGUUUGGCAAAAGAAAAGCUAUUUACUAUGCAAGAUUUAUUACAACUCAUUCGAAUCAACCCCUCUUCAAGUCUCUACAGAUCACUGAUUUCAGGAUUUGAUAAAGAAAACCAAAAAGGUUUUCUUAUCAAUUUCUUAAAGGAAUUGGCAGAAUAUCAUCAAGAUAAAGAGAGCUGUGAUAUGGAAACUCAGACAAGCACCACAUUUCCUAGCAAAGUGUCCCUAGCCGAGAAGUUUCAGCUUAUCGAUGAUCAGUUUGCAGAUGCUCUUCCUCAUCGUCCCAAGCUAGAAUCUUUAGAUAUAAAGUUAAAUGAAUAUAAGAAAGAAAUACAGCACCAGCUUCAGGUAGAAAUGUGUCAAAAGCUGAAGUAUUUUAGAGAAGCUGAAAUAGCAAAAAUUAAGAUGGAAGAGAAAAGAAAGUAUGAAAAGGAAUUGGCUGAGUUCCGGAGUGAAUUUGAAAGAACUUGUCAAGAAAAAAAUGAAGCCCUCUUAUCUCAGGAAAAGAACACUCUGGAAAGGAUUAAAAAGCACCAAGAGAUUGAAACAAAAGAAAUUUAUGCUCAAAGACAGCUUCUACUAAAUGAUAUAGAUUUGUUCAGACGUAGAGAAGCAGAGCUGAAGGAACGAAUUGAAGCUUUUGAGUUGACUCAGAAGAUCCAAGAAGAAAAAUAUAAAAGUGAGACUGAGGCACUUCAGAGAUGGGAACAAAAUCUAAAGAAUAUUGAAGAGAACUAUGAUCAGAAACUCAAAACAGAACUUCUAAAGUACCAGCUGGAACUAAAGGAUGACUACAUCGCUAGAACAAAUAAACUCCUGGAAGAGGAAAGGAAGAAUAGAGAAAAAACUACUCAUUUGCAAGAAGAGCUCACAGUUAUUAAUUCAAAAAAGGAAGAACUCAGUAAAUCUGUAAUGCGUAUGAAAGAAAUUGAGGUGGAGCUAGAGUCUGUCAAAACUCAGUUUUUGACAAUGUCAAAAGAAAACCACUUGCUGAAUGAAAAGGUGAAAGAGAUGAGUGAUUACUCACUACUGAAGGAAGAGAAAAUGGAGCUUCAGGCAGAAAAUAAAUUACUUAAACAGCAACUGGAAGAGAAUAGCAAACAUCUACACCGCCUAACUCAGCCACCUCCUGAGCUUUUGGUUUUUCCAAAAGAAUUACAGAAAGCAGAAAAUGCUAUAGCACUGGGGCACAAGGAGUUUGAAGCCCAGAAGCAAGCUCUGCAAAAACAGCUGCAGAGUGAAAUUGAACAUUCUACACAGCUAAAGGCCCGGAUAUUAGAAUAUGAAACUUCUGUUAAAAGGUUAACUGUUCAGGUUGCUGAUUUAAAGUCACAACUAGUACAAACUCAGACAGCCCUAGAGAAUGAAGUAUUCCGAAAUCCAAAGCCGUCUCUGACCCUUCAUUCCCUGAGUGGCCUAGUGAGUGGCAAGAUGGCGCCCCACAGUGGGGAUACAAGUAGGAAAUUGUUGAAUGUGCCCCUUGAACAAAACAAGGUUAGAGCAGAUGCAGUUAUGUCAAGGGUCCCAUCCUAUGCAAAUGCAGCAACGGAGGCUAGUUCCCCAGACUCUGACCUUGAAUUUGUAGCUAGUAGUACUAAAGCCAAAGUAAGAGAGCUAGAGCAAGAGGCUGAACGCUUGGAAAAGGCAUUUAGAAGUUACCAUCGAAGAGUUACUAGGAAUCCUUCUAUGAAUCCUCAGCCAGCAAGGAGUCCUUCAUCACUAGGAGUUCACAGGACCAGAGCUUCCACUUCCAUGGAUAGACAUGUUCCUGCAGAGGACAGAAUUGUCUCUGAACAGCCUCUUGUGGACAUGGUGAAGGAAGAUAAGAGUGAUGUGUCCAGAGCGUUCAUGGACAGUGUGGUUUCAUGGCCACGCAGGACCUCUUCCUCCACACGCCUGUCCUCUACACCCCAUCCAAAACUGAGAAGAAGUCUUGAGAAUGAAAUGCAUCUGGAAGGUUUGGGUAGAUUACACGUUGCUUGCAGCAGCCCUUGUCUUGAGAGAGUAGCUGGGUCACGUACUGCUUCCUCUAGUCCUUGUCCUGAGAGAACAACAGCCCAGCUGCCACAAGUUCCAUUUAGGCACAGUUUCUCUGGUCCUUUCUCCAGUGUUCCAGAGCAAAAUACCUGCUUUUAUCAGAGACAAACUGAAACUCAAGACAAAAGUAAACUUUCAAAUGUGGACAAGCAAUCUUUGAAAGAUAAGGAGGAGUAUAAACCAUCUUUCAGAUGGAACAAGCCAGAACAGUUUGAAGCAGAAGCAACCCACCCUGCUGGUGACAUGUGUGCCGUAGAUGUUGUUGCAGCUACUUUGUCUUCCAGACCCAUUUCAUGUGACUACCCAAGUGCUGAUCAGAGCCAAACUGGAGAACAAAAAGAACAGCAGCUAUGGGAACUCCACCUGAAAGAACGGAGGCAGAGGGAAGAACAAAGGCAGAAUGAACAGCAAGAGUCUCUAGAGAGGGAAAGAAGAGAGCUGGAAAAGCUGGAACAGGAGAGGAGGAUUAUUGAAGAAUCACUGAAGAUUGAGAUGGAAGAAGAAUUAGAAAAGAGUGUUCAAGAACAGAAAGACAAAUCAGCUUGUGGUGAAAAUCCUUUAGAGAAAUACAUGAAAAUCAUCCAGCAGAGACAGGAACACUCAAGUGCAGAUAAGAGCUCAAAAAAAUCAGAAAGAGAAUUUUCACUAGUGGACACGAUAGCACCUAGUGACAAAGAUGAAAGUUCUCCAGGCUUUUCUCGUGAAGAAACAGAUGAUGUCUGGUAAUCACAUUAGCUGUCUAGCUUCUCACAAGAAGUUGUAUAAUAUGAAUUCUUAUUUUUCUGGAAUUAAAAUUGUCAA